CACGUGGCGGUAAACGUGACCUUCCGGCCCCACCGAGCGGGGGGUCGGUGCUCGGACGGCGCCCGUGGGCUGCGGGGGGACAAGGGGGCACAGCACAACAUAACAUAGCACAGCAUAACACAGCAUAGCAUACAGCACAGCACAGCACAACAUACAGCACAGCUCCGCUCCGCUCCGUCUCCCCGCUGCCCGUCCCGUCCCAUCCCGCCAUGCUGCUGAGCCGGCGGCUGCGGCUCCUGCUGCGGCUGGUUCCCGGCCGGUCCCGGUUCGGCACGUACCGGUUGCUGCCGUUCUUCUUCGUGCUGGGCGGCGCCAUGGAGUGGGUCAUGAUCAACGUCCGCGUCGGGAACGAGACGUUCUAUGACGUUUACCGAAGGAAGCGAUCCGAGCGGCGAUACGCGGCCAGGAUGGAGCGGGGCGAAUCGUAACCGGAGGCUCCGGGGGCGCGUCCCGGUGUGUAACGAAGCGCUGCUGCCGAUGGGGCCGGGACGGCUCGGGGUGUCACCGGGUUGUCGGUCACAGCCGCCUUUAUUGCUGGGUAUUGAACCAAUUCCGUUCGGUUUCGGCCUUUUCUAUUGAGUGUUUGGUUGCAGCGUCUGAAUAAACUGACCCGAGCACACA